AUGGAGGCCAACAAGGAUAACGCAAACCCCACGAUUUUGAACCAGUCUGAUCUCCCAUCACGGCGGAGUGAUUCCGGAGUCAAGAAGCGUGAUGACGGCGGCACGGGCCUCUUUGACAGUCUGGUGCCCGCAUACACGUACCUGAACGACCCUUUUGCUCAACAAGCGUCGUCCUCCGAUACCGAUGAUGACUCGGUCGAGGAGAUAGAUGAGCAAGAAAUCUACGAUCUCAUAUCCACAAUCUCGGACCCAGAGCACCCAUUAUCACUUGGUUCCUUGGCCGUUGUGAGCCUCCCAGAUAUCCACAUCCAACCCCCAAGCUCGCCGCGAUCGCCUAUCAGUACCGUUCUUGUCGAGAUUACGCCCACAAUCACCCACUGCUCGCUCGCUACAGUGAUUGGGCUUGGCGUGCGCGUGCGACUCGAACAAUCGCUACCUCCCCGCUUCCGCGUUGAUGUGCGGAUCAAGCAAGGCACGCAUAGCACGGACGAGGCCGUCAAUAAGCAGCUUGGAGACAAGGAGCGUGUGGCUGCCGCGCUGGAGAACGGGACGUUAAUGGGCGUGUUGAAGAAGAUGCUCUCGACUUGCGAAUGA